AUGCAACAGUUCACCGACGUCACAUCGAUCAAAAACGAGACUCCUACUCCGAUUGAGGACCCGGCCGAUGAAACCCAAGAAAACCCAUCCUGUAAUACACCGCCAACAGCCACAGAAGACCAUGCACAGCAACCCUCUACUCCGGGAACGUCUACUGACGAGAAUACCCCGCUAGCACUCCGAAGACCAAUCAAGAGCAAGCCAAUUCGACGAGGCUCUUUUGAGGGAGGAGAGUUGUAG